UUCCAACACCAACAACCAGAUUAAUGAUCAAUUACCCCAACCUGCUGCUUGUAGUCAGCACUUCUUCCCGCUGACCCUCCACAUCGUGGUGCUUCUGCCGUCAGUGCAGGGAAGAAACAGAUCCAGAACCAUGGAACAAAACACCACCAUAACCCAAAGUCCUGCGCAGCAGUUCAACAUCUCCGACAUCAUCGUCAUCGUGGCCUAUUUCAUGCUGAACGUGGCGGUUGGGAUUUGGUCUUCAUGUCGCGUGAACAGGAACACUCUGAAUGGAUACUUCCUAGCAGGGCGUAAUAUGGCUUGGUGGCCUAUUGGCGCGUCCCUCUUUGCCAGCAGCGAGGGCUCCGGGCUGUUUAUCGGACUGGCGGGUACUGGAGCAGCAGGCGGCAUCGCGGUGGCUGGAUUUGAAUGGAAUGCAACAUAUAUUUUACUAGCGUUGGCGUGGAUUUUUGUGCCAGUGUAUAUCUCCUCGGGGAUUGUUACCAUGCCGGAGUAUUUACAAAGGAGGUUUGGUGGAGAGAGGAUACAGAUGUAUCUGUCCGCACUGUCUCUGUUGCUGUCUGUCUUCACCAAAAUUUCAACAGACCUGUAUUCUGGGGCGCUCUUCGUCCAGGUGUGCUUGGGAUGGAACCUCUAUCUCUCCACAGUCCUGAUGCUGGUGGUGACGGCACUAUACACUAUUGCAGGAGGUCUGGCCGCUGUGAUUUACACUGAUGCUCUACAAACUGUCAUCAUGAUUGUGGGUGCCAUUAUCCUGACUAUUACAGCUUUUAACGAAAUUGGGGGCUACCAAAAUCUACAGAAGGCUUAUACUGAGGCUAUACCAAUGCUAGUGGUCCCAAACACCACAUGCCACCUUCCUCGGUCAGACGCCAUGCACUUAUUCCGAGAUCCAGUCAACGGCGACCUUCCUUGGACAGGAAUGACCUUUGGUUUGACCAUCAUCGCAGCUUGGUACUGGUGUACUGAUCAGGUCAUUGUACAAAGGUCUCUGUCUGCCAAGAACCUGAGCCAUGCCAAGGCCGGAUCCAUCCUCGCCAGCUACCUCAAAAUGCUGCCUAUGAUCUUCAUCAUCAUGCCAGGGAUGAUCAGCAGGGCUCUGUACCCAGAUUCUGUUGGCUGUGUGGUACCCGAAGAGUGUGUUAAAGUUUGUGGUGCUGAAGUUGGUUUCAAUAUUGCAUACCCCAAACUGGUCAUUGAGCUGAUGAGCAGUGGUCUGCGUGGACAGGAUGAUCGCGUGAUGAGUGCUCUAAUGUCAUCAUUGACUUCCAUCUUUAACUGCAGCAGCACACUCUUUACUAUGGACAUCUGGAGGAAAUUCAGGAAGAGCGCAACUGAGAAGGAGCUGUUGUUGGUGGAAGGUGAAUUAGUGACAGUUGUCCUUGUCAUCGUGAGCGUCGUCUGGAUCCCUAUCCUGCAGAACGCCAACAGUGGUCAGCUGUAUGUUUACAUCCAAUCCAUCACCAGCUACCUGGCCCCACCUGUCACAGCCGUCUUUGCCUUGGCAGUGUUUUGGAAGAGAGCCAAUGAGCAGGGAGCAUUCUGGGGCCUAAUGAUUGGCCUGGUGGUGGGCCUGGCUCGGAUGAUAUUGGAGUUUGUGUACCCCAUACCUCGCUGUGGUAUUUAUGAUGAGCGUCCGUCUAUACUAAAGGAUGUUCACUACCUUCACUUCGCUAUCAUUCUAUGUGCACUGACAGUGGCGAUAGUGGUGGGGGUCAGCCUCCUCUCAGAGCCUCCGCUGCCUUCACAGGUGAAAAAUCUCACUUGGUGGACUAUACCGCGUGGAAAAAACCAUCCACCUGAAAUCACACUCAGGAAAGUGUCUACUCGGAGCCACUCCGGUCCCAGAGACAGUGAAGUUCCGGCCAACUCUUCAACCCGGAGCAGGUCCUGGAGCAGUGCCCUCUGCAGCCCCCCCAAAGAUGCAGUGGAAUGUCCCAGCUCUGCCCAGCAAAGAAGCAUCAAGGAGGACCCAUUCUGGGCGCGGGUGUGCUGCAUUAAUGCCAUCGUUCUGAUAUGCAUCAACAUUUUCUUAUAUGCAUAUUUCGCAUAACAUCAGGAGAAUGACUCCAGUUCACAUUUGCCUGCCCUAAAAUUGAAGUCUCUUGAUAACAUUCAUCUUUGCAG